AAUAUCUCAUGGUUCAGAACAUGAUCUUGUUGAAUUGAUAGGUCAUUUUAUAGAAGCUGCAGUACAUGAGUUGCCAAUUGAAUGUCAAGGAUCAGUGGGAGAUCGACCGGAUCUCAUGAUACGAGCAUUUUUACGACAUAGAUGGGAAGAGAUCGCGUACUUGGAGAGUGAAAAAUUGAAAACUAAUGAUAAUAAAAUAUUUGAUGAUCAUAAAAAAUUGAUUCAAUUAUGUCUCGAUGGUUAUACUGAAAUAUCUAAAAAGUGCCAAAAGGAGCAUUUUUCUGAAAAUUUUAUUAGUCUGGGCAUCAACAUCGCAGUGAAGAUUCCCUUUGACACUGAGUCUAUCGAAGAAGUGAAGAAUUUUGUUCACUUGUUAUUGACUUUGCGG